AUGUCUGAUCCCGUUAUCAAAGAAAUUCCUAUCCGCAUUAACGGGCCCCCUCUCUUGAUGGUCCAGCAACCAACAGUCAAUAAAUACAACACAAUCUCACAGACACGACUCAAGCCGGUUAGUGGCGUCCUGGAAAUGGAUAUACCAACAGACACCUCACGUUUCUACGACGAGAGCAAAGCUUCCAAAUGGGGAGGCAUCAACUAUCAGACGCUGAAGGGAGUGCUAGUGGACGGAAACGGAUACUACGUGGGGCGUGUGCUUGACGGCGAGCUCCAUCUGAGUCCCGUGACUAAAACAUGCCAACUUAGACCCUCGUUCAAGUACAUCGACGAAAUGAAGGCUCGCAAACAGCAAAGAGAAAAAGAAUUAAAUAAACAACUGGACGACCAUGUGAUGCCCGAGGACAAGAAGAAAGCGCACGUCGUGCAGAUGACAGCCAAGUCUACAAAUGAAAAUGCUCUUAGGCUCGGAGGAGCUUUGGUGAGCAAGAAGCUGGAAGACGAGGAAGAUUGGGUGGUGUAUGAGUAUAAAACAAGUGUACAGUAA